GUUCAUCCGGAAUUGUACGUUGACAAAUCAAGGGGAGAGAAACUGCAGAUCAAUCUAGAUGUUAUUUUUCCACAUAUGCCUUGUGCUUAUUUGAGCAUCGAUGCUAUGGAUGUAGCAGGAGAGCAGCAGCUGGAUGUGGAGCACAAUCUGUUUAAACAGCGUUUGGAUAAAGCUGGCAAUCGUGUGACUCCAGAGGCAGAGAGACACGAGCUGGGGAAGGAAGAAGAAAAAGUGCUUGAUCCAAAUUCUUUGGAUGCCGAUCGCUGUGAGAGCUGUUACGGGGCAGAGUCAGAGGACAUUCGGUGUUGUAAUACUUGUGACGAUGUCAGAGAAGCAUACAGGCGGCGAGGCUGGGCCUUCAAGAACCCGGAUAGCAUAGAGCAGUGCAAGAGGGAAGGGUUUAGCCAGAAAAUGCAAGAGCAGAAGAAUGAGGGCUGCCAAGUGUAUGGUUUCCUAGAGGUCAACAAGGUCGCUGGAAAUUUCCACUUUGCACCAGGAAAAAGUUUCCAACAGUCUCAUGUACAUGUACACGAUCUGCAGAGUUUCGGACUUGAUAACAUAAAUAUGACGCACUAUAUCAAGCAUCUCUCAUUUGGAAGGGAUUACCCGGGCAUUGUGAAUCCUCUCGAUGGGACGGAUGUCACUGCACAGCAAGCUUCCAUGAUGUUUCAGUAUUUUGUGAAAGUGGUCCCCACAGUGUAUAUGAAAGUAGAUGGUGAGGUGGUAAGGACUAACCAAUUUUCAGUUACACGACAUGAGAAGAUAGCCAAUGGGCUACUAGGAGACCAGGGUCUGCCUGGUGUAUUUGUGCUAUAUGAACUUUCACCCAUGAUGGUGAAGCUGACAGAGAAACACAGGUCCUUUACACACUUUCUCACAGGAGUUUGUGCCAUCGUUGGAGGCAUAUUUACAGUUGCAGGAUUCAUUGACUCUUUGAUCUAUCACUCAGCACAUGCCAUCCAGAAGAAAAUUGAACUUGGGAAGACAACAUAAAUAAGCAAUGACCUCAUCCCACAAAAAAACCUCUAAGGACAUCUAAACAGGUUUUUCGAAACACAAGUGAUCUGAGUGCACAAGAGAAGAGGUUUGGAAUUACCAGAUGGCCCUGACCACUCUUAUCUGUCCUGUCAUUCUUUGUUUGGCAUUAAUUUGUGGAUGGAACUGCUUGAACCUUGCUGCUGUAAAGAUUAGCCAUCUUGUCUGGCUGUGCAGACCCUACUGUAAAAACCCUUUUGUGUCAGUCCAUGUUCAUUCAGCUCUGCCCCCC